UGCCGUUAAAAUGCUAACAACGUUGUAUUUCGUAUAAAAUAUUAUAUAUUUAAAUUUCUUGUCGUAUUUUGUCAGUUCUAUUAGGCUGUUGCAAAAAGCGUAGUUUAAACAACUAUUUUAUCUUAGGUAUUUAGAAAUUUCAUUGAUGAAGUGUACCUUACCGUUUUUAGUGAUGUAGAUGCUUUUUUUAUAAAAUAAAACUGGCAAGUACAAAUUCACACGCUUAAGAACUUAUAGGCUUUUCAAAGUGUAUUAUAUGACGAGGAAAUGACAUGUCUAGUAGCACUUUUGAAGUAAAGGAGCCAGAAAACGGAAGUGAUAAAUUGCUUGAUCUUGGAAUCGAUACUACUUGUGAAGAAAAUGGUCUUGAAGUAUCAACUCAUGUAGACGGAGAAGUUCCAAGAGAUCAUACUUACAACAAAGAGCCUGAUAUUGAAGAGCAAGCAGACGAAAAAAAUAGUGAAGGUGAAGAAGAGACUGAUAAAAUGGAAAGUACCUCAUCUCCAAAAAAGAAAGGUGGUAAAUUUUCGAAGGCAAAAAAAGCAGAUAAACCUGCUGGUCGAGGAAGACCGAAAAAAGAGGUGGUCAAGAAAGAACCUGUGUCUAAAAAGGGUAAGAAGAAAGAAGUUGUCAAUACUGAGGAGAAGCCAGAAGUUGAUACUCCUCCUGUGAAUAAUGACGAGGUUGAAACUAAAGAGGACCCACCUGUAGUUGAAGAGAAGGAAACGUCUAAAGCUGCAAAGAGGGGUAGGAAGAGAAAGGUUGAGGAAAAGGAAAAUGUGAUUGACGAAUCAAUCAUAGAAGAAGUUCAAAACAUUACUGAAGAUCCAGCACUGACUGAAUCAACUGUUGAGAGCCCAGCUAAAAAAGCAAAAGUGACAAGUGAAGAAAAACCUACCAAAACCAAAAAAGCAAGCACACCUAAAACUCCUUCUAAAGAUGAUGGAAUUGAAGAUACCACUAAUCUACCAAAGGGUUGGGUUAGAAAGUUUGUAACUCGUAAAUCUGGAAAAACUGCGGGUAUGAUUGAUGUGUAUAUUUACAACCCGGAAGGUAUGAAGUUUCGUUCGAAACCUGACGUUGCUGCAUAUUUAGCAAGAACCAAAUCCUCACUAAAAAUUGAUGAUUUUGACUUUGGUAAAAGGAAGUCUAGCGCUCUUACAACAAAUUCUACGAAAUCUCCCCCCAAAACAAAAUCUAAACCAGCAAAAACGAAAGUGGUGAAAAAGAAGCCUCAAACUCCAAAGAAAAGUGCAAAGUUAGUCGUUGCAAUAGUUGCAAAAAAGAAGGGGAAGUCUCCUCAGAAAGCAGUAAAAACCAGCAAAGCUCCUGCAAAAGCUGAAAAGGCAAAAAAUGUGAAAUCAAAAGGAAACAAGAAAAAGACAACUGCAUAAAUAUUUGGUGCAAGAUAUGAAAUGUUGUACAUCAUACUUUCAUUUUUUUAAAAAAAUAAACUGUAGUUAGCCCCUUACACUUAAGUUAGGCUUUUAAAUAUUGUCCUUUUUCAGGAGUUAAACUUCACCCAUGAUGCUAAUUUUGUAAUGCAUUGAAAGUGUAAUCUUUGUUUUAAAAUUUAAUUUUGUGUUUAUGUUUCCCGUUACAAAUAAGCAUAAUGUGAAUUUGUGUAUUUUCUUUUAUAAGUUAUGACCUUUGUAUUUAAUAAGCAUUAUUUCACAUGUUAAUUAUAUUUCCCGUUGCAAUUGUUAAUUUAGCUUCUAGGAUAGGGUGCUCAACAAAUGGAUCUCAUGUGGCCAAUAUGUUACCCUUAUCUUUUAUCCCCCAAAAAAUAUGAAAAAUGCCGCACAACUAGGUUAGAAAAAUUCAUAAUUGUUUUUCAUACUAAUUACAAUGUAUUCGAAUUCCAAAAUGCAGAGGUAUUGAUUUGCAAGUAUUUUUUUUAAUUGAUCAUAGGUAGUUUAUUUUAACAAAAAGAUAAAAUUAUUUUUCCUAAGAAGAAAGGUUAAAAAAAUUUUAUAAAUAAAUAAUUGUAGUUUGACUAAAAGCUAUGCUUGCAAAACUGCAAUUGAUUUUGCUUUAAGAAUAUUCUACAUAUAUUACGUAUACUCUUUCUACUCAUUUUGUUGGUCAUGAAAUUGUUGAACCUUCUUGGCCCACAACAAUCUUGAGCAGUACUGCUUUUUANUAACAUAUAAAUAAAUACAAGAAAACACUAAGAAAGUUAAGAAAAACAAUAAGUUAUAUAUAUAUAAUAAAUGCCUUACUUUAAUUUUUAUAACUACUUGAUAUUCUUAUAUUGAAUUGAGGAAUAGUUAGAAAACUGAAUUCAGUGGGACCGUCGCCAAUAGCCCAUUGUGCAGCUCUAGUGCGACGUAAAUGAAGAACAACAGCAAUUCAGUGGAGGGAAAAUUAAUUUUUUUUUCUUUUUUUUUGUGUGAUCCUCCUUCAAAGAAAGUCUUGCACCUCUAUACUCUACCACAUAUACUUUAAUGAAUUGAUGAAAUGUUUUUUAAUAUGUUUUCACUAAAAUAUUAAUAGUAGUACUUGAAUUGAUUUAAUGCAGUUAUGACAUAAAAGUAUUAAGUGAUUAAUUUUGAAAUAACACCCAUGUACAUAUCUUCAAUUAUAUCCCUUGGAAUAUUGCAAGGUUUAUAGGAAUAUAAGUAUAUAUAGAGAGAGGAAGUGAGAAAAUUGUAUUUUAACUGUAAAAGUUUAUCCUGGACUUUUUUUUGUUUGUAUUUUUGAGGAUAAAUAGUUGAAAUUAAUGAAUUUGUAUUUUAGCUGACUUUUUAUGUUAUUUAUCCUUUUAUAUCCUUUUCAUGCGACCCUCCAGAGAAAGUUGUGUACCUCUAUUCUAUCACAUUAUAUACUUAUUUCAAAUAAUGAAAUGUCUGUAUUUUCUCAAUAGAAUAUAAAUUGUAGUAUUUCAAUGGAUUUAAUGCAGUUAUGACAUAAAAGUAUAAAGUGACUAUUUUGAAACGAUAUCCAUGUACAUACCUUCAGUGAAGUCCUUUGGAUUAUUACAAGACUUAUAGGAAUGUAAAUAUGGGCGAGAAAAAUGGGAAAACUCUAUUUUAACUGUAAAAGUUCAUCCUGGACUUUUUUUUGAUUUAUGAAUCAGUACUUUAGCUGACUUUUAUUUUCUUUAACCACUAAACGUUAAUCCUGUGAGAAAAAUAGUUCCAAAAUUCCCUUGCUUGGCACUAUUUCCCCCAUUAAAUGACGUAGAGAAAACAAAGUCUGCUUAAAGUUCGGAAAAAAGCCAGGACUAUUACACAAAUAGUUAAAAGUUUAUAAAUGCCAUUUUUUGCUAAAUUAGAUUUUAUUCCAAAUUACUUUGUUAUUAAGUGAUAUUAAUACAGCUUCUUUAUGCAUGCUGCACAGUACUGAUUUUUUAAAGCUUGUUAUUUGUAUUGUGAUUUUAGUUUUGCAUUGGUACUCAUAUAUAAUUGUUUUGAUUCAAAGAUAUUUUUUCUUCAAAUUUUUUUUUCCGGAAAUUUUAUAAUUAAAUGCAAGUUUAUUCCCAUAUAAUUGUAACUGCACAUGAGACUUACCUUUAUGUGUGUUACUGUAUUUCAUGUAAGUGUUGCUAACUAUAGGUUUCUUUGCUUUUGCUUCAUUUUUUUGUUUUUAUUUUAUCACUCAUGAAUAGCAUUCUUUUAAAUUCAUAUGAGUAAAGAUGUAAUGAAUAAUCAAACAAAUUUCAAAUCAUUUUCAAUUUUUACUAAAUAAGCAGAUAUCAAGUGUAUUAAUCUUUCAAAAUGAUCUGAAAUACAAAAUAAAUAUUUAUUAGUUUUUGUUUUUUUAAUUUGCCUUUUUUAGCUUUAAAACUUAUGCUUUGAAUUUUUUUUUAAUCUUCUAUUCUAUUCCAGAAAUUAUUAAUAUUUUUAACUAAUGCACAAGUUUUCACACAUUAAAAUCUUUCAUUCUAUUUGUUUCUAACACUACCUACAGUGAAACUUGUACAAGUUGACCAGUUCUUGGAAAACAAUUUAAAGAGGUCCACUUGAACAGGUGGUCAAUUUAUAAAGGGAGAAAUUAAAUUGUUUUUACCUGAUCAUUGUGAUCAAAUUUGAUAUUAAAUCAACUUACAAAGGUAGUUGACAGUUUUCACUGUAUUGAUUAAUACUAAUUCACUUAUGUUUGUUUUAUCUUUAUAAGAAAGAAGCUUUGUUUUUUAUUUUAUUUUUUUCUUAUUUAUCUUUUGUUGUCUUGUAUUUGUUAAAAAUGUGUAAGAAGCUAACUAUCUUUACUAAAAUAAUUUUAGUUUAAGAAACAUAAAGAAAUUUCUUACUAAGCUCUGUUUUGUAAUAUUAUGUAAAAUAUGAUAUUGUAAUGCUCACUCAUCAAUCUAAAUAGUUUUGUGUAUGAUAGAAUAUUUGUUAAUUUUAGAAAGAAGAUAUCAAGAGACAUGUAGUUAUUGCUAUAUCAUUAUAUAAGCAUCAUGAUUGAUUUUAAACUGCAACAUUUUUGUGAAUCAUCACCUCUUUAUGUCAGAAUAAAUUAUUAAAUUUU